GGUUCCGCUCAUGACUCACUUUUCCGGGUUUAUUUUACAGAGGCAGAAUACAAUAAUUCCAUUUAGUAUAGCCUGUCUUGAUUUGACCCAUAUGAAUUCACGGACGGCCAUGGACAACUGACGCAGCAUACCUACAUUUAGGUGCAACUGUUUAACCUGAUUCACUAGCGCAACUUUCAACUGGAUAUUUUAACCUUCAGAGCAUCAAUCCUUCUCACCAUGUCCACCCAGACCAUCCAAAACAACCAUGAAGAGGACUACAUGGCUCUGAUGAGAGGCUUGACAGAGCUGGACCUCCGGGGCCCCUGUGUUCCCAGUGACCUGGUUCUGAUUGGAGAUCAUGCCUUUCCUUUAGCAAUGAACAGUCAAGGCCAGGCCCUGAUGGCUGCCUCUCUGUACGGCCGUGGAAGGAUUGUGGUCCUGGGUCAUGAGGGCUAUCUGACUGCCUUCCCUGCUCUGGUAGAGAACGCUCUGACCUGGCUCAGAGGAGAUGGAUCUGCCAACUUGUCUGUGGGGGUCCACAACAGUGUCAAGGCAGUCGCUGAUAACCUCAGCAAAUCCAGCCUCCAAGCUAAAGUUGUGGGGGCCUUUAGUAACAAUCUGAGGGUCGGUGUGUAUGUGACUGAUGCCUACAGCGUGGGUGCAGAUGCGAAGGACCUGGUGGCGUUUCUGAAAGCUGGAGGGGGAGUGCUGAUAGGGGGGCAGGCGUGGAGCUGGGCUGCAGAUCACCCUAAAGAGAACACGCUGCUUCAAUUUGAUGGGAACAAGGUUUCCGGUGUGGCAGGGAUCUACUUUUCUGAGCACUACGGUGAGGCAGAGUGCCUGCCUGUCUACCCACAGAUCCCAUCCUCCUGGAUGGCUGUAGUAAUCGGUAAAGAUUUUGAGGAUGACCUGGAGUUCUUACUGCAGGGGGUUUCGGAGUUUGACCUCCAGGGUGGAGCAAUAGCAUCAGAGCUUCUGAUCCACGGGCCGCUAGCCUUUCCCAUCGGGACCACAAGCAAUGGACGGGCGUUCCUGGCAGGAGCCUACUAUGGCCAGGGACGAGUCAUUGUGGUGACACAUGAAGGACUUCUAGGACGAGAGACACUGGCUCCAUUUUGGAUCAAUGCCAUUCACUGGUUGGACGAAGGCCGGCAGGGGGUCGUUGGUGUAGUGCCAGAUCAUGCACUCAAAGUUCUCAGCAAGUCGGGGUUGAAGUGUGAGAAGACAAAUUUCAGGAAAGACCUGAGUGUAUUUGUGUGCACAGCGUACAGCGGUGACCAUGUGGAGGAAAUCCAAGACUUUGUGGCUGAGGGAGGAGGCCUGCUGAUUGGUGGACAUGCCUGGUACUGGGCACAGACACACCCUGGGCAAAACCCCAUGACAGAUUUCUCAGGGAACAAGAUUCUCAACAAAAUGGGCUUGAGUCUGUUGGAGGCAACAAUCAGUGGAGGUUUAUACAAGGCCCCUGUGCCCAGCCAGGCCGUCAAAGACACCUACCACUUCCGCCACCUUCUCCACCGCUUCGCUGGCCAUGUAACCAAAGGUGAAGAACUUACCAAGCAUGAGGAAGAAUGUCUUAAAAGGCUGGGCAAGGACUGCGCCGCAUACCUGCACAUGAAGGCUUAUGACUGCUCCUCCUAUGCACAGGUCGUAUCCACCCUGACUGACAUCUUGAAGAAGUCAGGCAUGCCACAGGUGUGUGACAGCUGCCCUGUGAAGAGUCCCAAAGACCACCUCCUCCUCAGUGUGGGGGCAGAGGUAUUUAAGGUUUGCCCAGAUCCUGAUGCCCUCCUGCCCUACCUCAUCAAGCAUAACCCCUUGAUGCCAGUAGUUUACAACCACAGAAUCAAGCUUCAUGUUAACACAUCAGGAGGGGAGGAAUGGAUUAGCACAGGUCUCUACCUUUCUCCUGGCAUGAAGACCUACAUGGCCAUACCAGCAGAGAUUGUCAACAGGGAAUGGAAGAUCCAGAUCGGCUGUCAAACAGACCAUCUCAACGCUGCAGAGCUGAAGAGAGCACCGUGUGUUCAUGUGCGCUUUCCUGUUACCUCAGAGAUGAUGCAGGUGUGGAACCUAUGGGGGGGGCUCAUCUACCUGGUAGCUCCACCCAAAACACAAGUGGAGGGCACAGAGGUCACAGUGCAGAUGGCUGUCCCUGCACCGUAUUAUAAAUCUGGUGUGACAACAGCUGCUGAUUGGUCCCUGCUGCGCACUGCUCCUUCACCCUGGGCAGAGUUGGAGUUUGACAACAUCAUCCUAACUGUACCAUCAGAUGUUGUUCGGGACCUGGAGCGCCCUGAUGAGUUGGCGGCGCUCUGGAAUGACAUGAUGAGGGGCGUUGCUGACCUGGCUGUCAUACCACACAAAUUUCCCCGCAAAGAACGCAUUGUAGCAGAUGUGCAGAUUUCCCAUGGUUGGAUGCAUGCAGGUUAUCCCAUCAUGACACACAGGUCCACAGCUUCUGAGUUGGUCAGCACUGACCAUGCUCGGAGUAAAGGCCUGUGGGGCCCCAUCCAUGAACUGGGACACAACCAACAGAGAAGCUGCUGGGAGUUCCCAUCACACACCACAGAGUGUACAUGCAACCUGUGGUCAGUGUAUGUGCAUGAAGAGGUGCUGGGGAUCAACAGGGCGCAGGCUCACCCAAACAUGACUUUAGCAAAUCGCCACCGCCGAGCAAAGGAGUAUGCGAAGGGGGGCAAAAAACUCAGCAGCUGGAGCAUGUGGGUGGCCCUGGAGACAUAUAUGCAGCUCCAGGACAAGUUUGGCUGGGAUGCCUUUAAGAAGGUGUUUGCUGUUUACCACAAAAUGGGCAGCUUUCCCAAUGACAACAAAGGAAAGAUGAACUUGUAUGCUGAGACUUUCUCCCACACUGUGGGUAUGAACCUGGCUGGAUUCUUUAAGGCCUGGGGUUGGCCCAUCGAAACAGCCACUGAGGAGAAACUCGUCGGCCUGCCUCCCUGGACUGACCACCCCAUGGUCCAGUAUGACUGAACUUCAGACUGCUGCUGAUUAAAAGUUUAGUGAGAUGAGUGAGAGGGGUUCAAAGAGAAGAAAAGUCCUUUACAUUAACCUUCCAAAAGUGAAUUCAAUUAACUGACUUUUUUCAUUUUUUGUCUUUUGUUUUUUUAACCCAUAUAUAGUUCUCCAGAUAUAUACAGCUUUUAAUUGAGCUACAUCUAAAAAAAUAUAUUUUGAAGAUGAGUUACAACAGCAGUGAAACUGUUUUAUUUGGAAAUGCAGCAUUAAUAUCUCUGCUGUGGUCGACUCUCACGUGCAGCCAGUUCAUAUCUGCUUCUAGACAUUUUCGCUUCACUCCACCUGUCACAAUACUAAGUACUUAACACUGCAAACUGUAACCUGAAAUGUGUGCUGUUUUCUGUAUUUAAUUUCACAGUACCAGUAAAAGUCAUUGAAGAGAUAUAAUAAUAAUACUGAUUCUUUUUGAGAUGUGUGGUUUUUCCUUGUGUGAAUUAGUAACCUGACCCUUACAUCGUUUGCUCUCCUCCUCUGUCUUAACAUCAUGAGCAUCUUUUGCCCUGCAGUUGUUGUAAAACAGCUCCCCUACUGGUUGAUUGGAGAACUGCUUGAGAGAGAGCUUGUCCAGUGGUGACUUUUCCAUUCUGACACUCAGUUUUAAUUGAUUUACCAAAAAAAAAAAAAUCAAACUCAACAAUCUGAAAUUGUUGAGUGAUUAGCUGGAGGCAGAAUUAGCCACACUGCUGAAAAUGCAGCAGCUGGAUUUAACAGGAAGAGAAUAUCCACAAUCACAAAGCACAACAACAGUGACUGCUCACACGGAAGUGGAACAUCUGAUCUUAUCAACAUUUGCACACAUAAGGUAGAAGAUUUCUUCAUGACGUUGACUUGAUAAAAAUGACCAACCAACCCUUCUCUUGUGAUCACAGAAUAACUAUUUUGUUAACUCAAAAUAACAAUCUGAAUAAAAAGAA